GUAGGUACUUCGAUAUCCGCGAUCCGGAUGAUAAGUGGAUCAGGAUUAAAAUUGGUAGUGGCGCGCUGAUUAUUCUUCCUCCCGGAAUCUGGCACAGAUUCUGCGUCUCUGAGGAGAGCCCCUGUCUUCAAGCUGUGAGGCUCUUCACCAACGAACCACAGUGGACCGCUUACCCACGUCAAGGUUCCCUCGACAAAGAUGUGAUAGAGGCUGCUCGGGAUGAUUAUAAUAAUACGAGGAUCGUCAAGAUAGCUGCGUGA